CCUCUCAUCAUAACCUGGUCCUCCCAUUUGGCACAGUCCGCCCUCGACCAGACUUCCGCGAUUGCUUAGCUGGUGUGCGAGUCGGUUUUUUGUUUUGUUUUGUUUUGUUCGAGAAUGUGUGUAUUUUUAGCAUGGAAAACUUGAUACGAGUACAACCCCUUGUAGGCAGGCUAAAUAGGAAUGCACUUAAUCACCAAACCAGUCGGACUUAAAGUGAAAGUAGAUUCAAUCCCGUUUUAGAGAGCUGAGACAACAUAAAGAAUAAUAGGCUACUGACGCAGCACCGGCAGAAAUGGCCUCCAAACGUUCUUUCCCCGAGGAGGACCUCACCUGUCCAGUCUGCUGUGAUAUCUUCAAUGACCCGGUCAUACAGCUAUGCAGCCACAGCAUCUGUAAGGGCUGCCUGCAGACGUGCUGGGAAGUCAAGAAAUCCCGAGAGUGCCCGGUGUGUAGACGGAAGUCAUCCAAAGGUGAGCUGCCGCGGAACCUGGCGUUGAAAAACCUGUGCGAGGCCGUCCUGAAGGGGAAAAGUGUUGGACCACCGAAGGGGCUCUGCAGUCUACACGGUGAAAGUUUCAAGCUUUUUUGUCAGGAUGACAAAGAGCCUGUGUGCGUCGUCUGUCAGACGUCAAAAAAACACAAGCAACACGAUUUUUGCCCCAUUGAUGAAGCUGCCCUCGAUCACAAGGAGGAGCUCAGCACUGCACUGACGCCAUUGCAAGAGAAGCUGAAGCUUUUAAAGGACGUUAAAAACACCUAUGACCAAACCGCUCAGCUCAUUAAGAGCCAGGCCCAGCUCACUGAAAUACAGAUUAAGAUGAAAUUAAAAAAACUUCACAAGUUCCUCCAAGAUGAAGAGGCAGCCAGAAUAGAAUCUGUGAAGGCGGAGGAGAGGCAGAAGAGCGACGUGAUAAAGAAGAAGAUCGAAACAAUCAGCAGGGAGAUUUCAUCUGUCUCUGACACCAUUCAAGCCAUACAGGAGGAACUCAAACAAGACGAUGUGUCAUUCGUGCAGAACUUCAAGGCUACAAUGGAAAAGACUAAGUGCACCCUGAAGAUCCCAGAGAUGGUCUCCGAUGCUCUAAUUGAUGUGGCAAAGCAUAUGGGCAACCUGAGCUUUAAAGUCUGGAAGAAGAUGCAAGAGAUCAUUGAAUUCACUCCUGUCAUCCUGAACCCCAACACAGCAGCACCUCACCUCCUGAUGUGUGAAGACCUGACCAGCCUUGUGUACAGCGACAACAUGGACCCAGUGCCAGACAACCCUGAGAGAUUUGACUUUUACCACUGUGUGCUGGGCUCUGAGGGCUUCAACUCGGGCAAGCACCAUUGGGACAUCGAGGUUGGGGAUAAUUCCCUCUGGUACCUGGGCGUGAUGACCGAGUCCACCCUCCGUAAGGGGAAGGCCAUCUGGAAUGGAGUCUGGAGCUUGUGGAACGUGUUUGGGGAGUACAAGUCCCAGUCUCCGGAACAGUGCCCUACUCCGCUCGCAGUGAGCCUGGGCAUCCAGAAGAUCCGAGUGGUUCUGGACUGGGACGGAGGACGGGUCUCGUUCUCUGACCCCGUCAGUGACACGCUCUUGCUCGCCAUGGCACACACGUUCACUGAGAAAGUAUUCCCGUUCUUCUAUAAUUUCUGUGUUCUCGCUCCACUCCGGAUCUUACCGCUUAAGCCGCAUGUAACAGUGGGAGAGCACACUUGAAGGAGCUGCCUACACAUUAAACAACAAACCUUUAACA